AUGAUAGAGAACAACGAAGGGUGUUGUCGUAAUGUGAACAUUCAGAGAUGUCUUAAAAAAAGGAUUUUUAUUGGUCGAUCGACAGUUGCAGGCUGGGGAGUAUUUUUGGGUGAGAAAGUAGAGAAGGAUGACUUUAUUUCUGAAUAUUGUGGGGAGGUGAUGUAUAAUAGAUUAUUAAAGCUUAUCACCCAAGAUGAGGCUGACCGUCGUGGCCCCUUAUAUGAUAAGUACAUUCUUAUCAGAACACAACCAGGGAAUAACCACAAGAAAAAACGAAGGGAAUACGAUGAAGGUUGGGUUGAAUUUAUGGAUAAAACCGUCGCUAAACAAGUUGUUAAAGAAAUAAACAAUACUCCAGUUCGUGCAAAGAAGAAAUACAAAUGUGGAGAUUUGUGGGCCAUGAGGUAUCUUCCGAAGUUCAAAUGGACUUAUUUGACUGAGCAAAUGGCCCAUCAGAGUGCAAAGAGAGAAGAUAUAAUGAGAAUGGAUAUUUCCAAAGUAAAGCGUGAAGCUUCUGAUUUUUUUGACAACGUUGGAAUGAGCAAAAUUUUACGAAAUCUUCAAAAAUCUGAUUCACUGCGUUUUCCUCCUAUCAAAAGAGAUUUUCCGCAACGAAAGACUGAGGAUGAAAUUAUCAGCGUUAAGGGGAAUAAACCUAAGCUUCCAGUUUCAAUGUUACUUUUUACUGGUGGUUGUUGUACCGAUAAAUCAUAA